UUGACAUAUGGAGUUUGUCUUGAAACUUGAAAGGAAUAUUCAACAUUGAAUUGAAUAUGAUGAUUGGAAUUCGGGCCGAUAAAAUGUUUUAAUAUGCUAAAAUGUGUUUAUAAAUGUUAUUGAAACUGUUUAAAAGAGAAUGUGAUAACAAUGGGUGGAUGUAUUGGAAUAACAAGAACCAGAAGUGGUCCGAUAGAAGAAUCUUCAGGAACGGUAUCUCGACCUAACUCUGGUGGUUUAAGAAAGAAUCAAUCGUUGUGCCAUGAAACAAUCAGGUGGAAAUCGGAUGUGCCAUUGACAGAAGGUCAACUAAGGAGCAAACGCGAUGAAUUCUGGGACACUGCCCCGGCCUUUGAAGGUCGGAAAGAGAUAUGGGAUGCAUUACGUGCAGCUGCCGUCGCUGCAGAAGCCAUGGACUUUCAACUAGCACAGGCGAUCUUAGAUGGUGCCAGUGUUUCAGUCCCAAAUGGAUAUCUUACAGAGUGCUAUGACGAGUGGGGAACUAGAUAUCAGGUACCAAUAUACUGUCUGUCAGCCCCAAUUAAUAUGGUCAAAGAAGCAAGCGGUCGAGAUUCCCCUGCUGAUUGUUCUGAACCUGUGGAAGCAGGAUCUGAGAUGGCUCUCAGGUUACGGCUUUCGACUACCUGUAAAGACUUGAUCUUGUCUGUUGGCUCCAAGCACACCAUCGCACACUGCAAGGCUAAAUUAUAUGCUCAAGAAGCAGUUGAGGUAUGGCGACAGCGUUGGUUCUACGGUGGCAAGCUGCUCGGUGACCGUCUGCUGGUGGAGGAAGCAAAAAUCACAGCUGGUUAUGUCGUACAGGUCAUCGUCAGCACUGACCCACAUCCGCCUAGCUAGUUGGCUACAGAAAUAUACUGGACAUCAAGAUCACACAAGUACCGCAAACCUUCUCAAAGAAUACCUACGCAAAUAUCUGUAUCAUAAUGAGUAUAUUAAUCUAGUAAAUUUGGCAUUCCGAUCAUUAGAUGGUGUGCAUCGGAUCGCGAGAAGAGACGUCUCGAUAAAUUAUUAUUUUUGUAUUAUUCAUCUAAUGAUUAGAAUCGUGUGUACAUAUUAAUAAAUGUUAUAUAAAUUACAUAAGGCGAUAGAGGAUUUGGUAAAAAUCUCUGCUAAACUAUACGUUUAUACUUUUUUAUGCGAACCGUUCGAGGGCACGGAUGGCACGAAUCAUAAUUUUCUUGUUUUUAAGUCGGUUAUAAUUCGGAACACCCGCACGACCUGUACAUAUAGAUAAAAUAUUGUCAUUUAUUCGAUAGGAGACGCUUCUUAUGAAAUAUCGAAUACUAAUUGUUUAUAUCGUAUAUUAUGUAUGCUAAUUUAAAGCAUGGUUUAGUAUUCGAUACGAUGCUAAACUAAACGCCGAGGCUGCAAUGUAUUAAGAGUACUUAGACAUAGCACACGCACACACACACACCUUAAAUAGCCGAAUGCUAACAGUUCUGUAUUUGUGCGAGUACGAUUUAUUCAUUUCAGCCUAAACAAAUGUAUGAAAAAAUCCCCAAAAUGCUAACAACUAUUGUAACUUCACUGCCGAGUCGGUACUGAUUUUAUACUCGUGUAAUCUUUAAUUGUCCUGAACUGACUUCGUCGUUCGCAUUUAUUACGUGAAGAAAAUGUAUCAUUUCCGAAUGCGCUAAUAACGAGCCGAAGGUGUGGUAAACUAUUUUUGGAAUGUUUUAGCCGUCGGUGGUCAUUCGUGUGACGACUGAUCUUAAUUUGGGCAUUUAUCAGUGAGCGAGGUGGUCGUUUCUAGAUCUCAGUAUCGGCUACAUAUUAUAUUGUUCUUCUCGUCUCUUCGAAAUUUGUGGGACGGGGCUACUGUGUAGCGGGCGAUAUAGUCAAUGUGCACAAUUGUGAAUGAUUUUUAUAACUUUUUCUAAAGAAUUGGACUCUAGUGUUGUGUAAACGAAAUUCUCUUCAAUUUCAUAACACGUCACUAGGACAUUUCUCUCACGCGGUGGAAUUGACGAAAGUUAAACGAUUCGUUUAUAAAAUACUUUGAAACGACGGCCGGGACGAUUUAGUUCAGUAGAUUUUUUUUAAAUAGUUGCUCACGUAUUAAUAAAUCAAUUUGAAUAAGAACGUGUACGAUGAGGCGAUAGAGAGACCAAUAUAUAAAAUGUAGAUACAUAGUCAUUCUUAGGUGGGUACGAAACAAUUUUAAAACUGCGCCUAUUUUGAAUCGAUUGCAAUUUAUUUACGAUCAACGGUUUUUUUAACUCUGAAUGUUAUCUAAAUUCUCAAUGAGCAUAAAUAUUAUUUAUCCUUCACGUAUCGCGCAAAGCGAACCAUUGCUGAACUAAUUUUUUUCUACAGAAUCCACGCAAUUAAUAGACGAAACGUUCGUUUCGGCCACAAUAUAAUAUGUACGAUGAGCCGUCGUCGUUCUCGUCACGUCCGGGUAUCGAAAGCUUAGGUGAUUCUUGUUUUAUUGUUUUCUGAAUUAUGAACAUUAUACUCCUUUACAUAAAUAAUGUGUCCCGUGUGGACUGGAUGGUUUUUCAUUUAAGACUUCCACGAAUUUCAUAACGAGUGCCAUAACGACCUGCGAAUUCAGAUCGACGGCCUAAUUUCUUCUGUUCCAAUCCGUUUCGUGGCCCCGGGCAGUACCCCGCCGGUCGAAGCGCACGUUCUAGUUCUGGACAUUUUCUAUUUUAUUAUUAUUCGCUUUUGGCUUACGUCAGCUGCGUUAUGCUAUUUUUAAGAUUACGUUGCGGCUGAUUUCAUCCAAAUGUGUCAUUGUAGAAAACUAGUUUGUAACAAAUUAACAUAUAUUAUUAAAAUUUAACGAUCUGAA